UUUGCGAACGCGAAUUGCGAUUUGUGUUGUGAUUUUUCUUGCGAUGGUUUUUUUCUGAAAGUCUUAUAGGAAAGUGUGGCUGAAAGUUAGUGUGAGAGGAAUAUCUCCAGCUGCAGCAUAAUCUAGUUUUGAAGUUCGAAGCUAUAGUUCUUGGUUUCCUAAAAAUGAAAAGUCAUUGGAAUUCGUUGUUACGAUAAAUGUAAGAAAGUGGAGUGAAAAUGGGAAUACCGGAUGUGCACCCAGGAGUCUACGGCCGCGGGAGCUAGCGCUGGAGGUGCCGGCAGUGACUGCGAGGGAGAGGACCCAGAGGACUCUUCGUCGUCUCACUCCAAUGAACCACUUGAAGAAGUCUUCAUAAAUUUGACUUUACAAGACAAUGCACAAGAUAAAGACAAUGAAGACGAGCUGCGAGCGUUCCGUCAGCAAUGGCAACGGGAGCUUGAGAGCACCCCUGCACCGUCUCCCAAGCGCGAGCCUCCGAAGCUCGACCCUCCAAAGCCGAUCGAAGAGCCACAAUCUGAGGAGGAGCGAGCCAAGCAGCUGUUCCUGCGCGGCGUGGAGUUCGAGCGAGCUGGCAAGUUGUAUGAGGCCAUCCAGCAUUAUAAGCGAGCCAUGCAGAUCUUGCCCGACGUCGAGACGCGGCUGUAUGAGAGCUCCGAUCUUAGGGCUGAUUCUCCUGAAGAGGAAUCGGAGCCGGAAGAACAAGAGGUAGCAGAGGUGGCGCCGCUGAGCGACGAUUCUGACGCAGAGGAGGGCGAGCAGCUGGUGACGCGCUUGCAGCGUGUAGUGGCACGUCGCAACAGGCUGUGCGAAUGUGUGCUGCCCAACAAGGGUGCCCACAUCUCGUGGUUACCGUAUGAAGUGAUCCUGCUGAUCCUACGCUGGGUGGUGUCAUCGGAGCUGGACGCGAUGUCGCUGGAGCGAGUGGCGGCCGUCUGCCGGGGGCUGUAUGUAGCUGCCCGUGAGCCUGACCUGUGGCGCUCGUUGUGUGUCAAGACAUGGGGCAUAGAUUGCGGGUCUCCGCGUGCGCACGGCUUCGACUCCUGGCGUCAGAUGUUUAUCCAGCGGCCACGACUCCACGUCCACGGCUGUUACAUCAGCAAGACCACCUACUUGCGCUACGGGGAGAACUCAUUCCAGGACCACUUCUACCGACCUUGGUACAUCAUCGACUACUACCGCUAUCUCAGAUUCUUCCCCGAGGGCGUGGUGCUGAUGUGGACGACGGAGGAGGAGCCGGCGGCCUGCGUGUCGGCGCUGAGGGUCCGCGCCGCCGCGCGCAGUGUGCCCGGCGUGCUCGCGGGGCAUUGGCGGCUUGUGGGGGACAAGGUGGCGAUAGUGAUAAAGAAGCAAAGUGCGGAUAAGAAGACACAAGCGCAGAACACGCGGUUCCGCCCGCGCCGCAAGGAGAACGAGACGCACGACCAGACGCAGAACUUCCAUCUCGAGCUGGAGCUGCGCUCGGUGCGGGCCCGGCGCAACUUCCAGCUGCUGUGGUCGCGCUACUCGGUGAGCACGCGGCGCGAGCAGUGGUCGCAGUUCGAGCUGUCCCCGGCCAAGUACCCGCCCUUCGCCUUCAGCCGCGUGCGCGCCUACACCGCCGAGGCGCACGCGCCGCUGCCGCACACGCACUCGCAUUCUUAGACUUUGGAACGAAGGACUGAUGGAUGGUGCACUCCGAAUGGAGUAAUAGGAAAGCUUCGAUAGAGUAUGUAGACUAUUUGUAUUCUUAAAUGUACCACUCAUAUACUCUCGUAGGUUUGACGUUAACUUUAAUGCGAAAGCAAACCAGUGUUGUGGCUACUUUAAGUUUUUUUGAGCUUAAAUUAUAUAUUGGCCCCGAUUCCUGCAGACACACCCUAAUUUUAUUUUAAAUUAUACCCGUCAUUUUCUUAUCAGCCGUAAUGGAAAGGGACGAAUGAUUCUUCUUCUACCGUGUGGGUUGUCAGGUGAAUUAUCAACCUCAUCAACCCCCGGGUUAUUAUUGAACCGCUAAAGGCCCCUGACAUGGCUCAUGUCACAACUUACUUAAAUCAGUAAGUAGUAACCGCGACCAACGGCUUAACGUGCCUUCCGAAGCACGGAUCAUCUUACUAACCAAACUAGGGAUCACAAAGUGUUUUUUUGUGAUUAUGUCUCCACCGGGAUUCGAACCCGGACCUCCGGAUCGUGAGCCCAAUGCUCACUGGGCCACGGAGGCCGUUACGGAUGAUUGAUAACUACUAAUUUUAAAAAGGAAUGAAUAACCCGGCCGAAUAAAAUAGUCAUCUCGCUCAUAUGCAACCCGUUUGACAUGUGCGGGUUAUUGGCCCAAUAUUUUGGAAGGGUGUUUUAAAUUGUUGGCUAAAAUUGAAGUGUGUUCCAUAAAUUUUAUGCCAGUCGAUUACCCGUCCCUUUAUUUUUCAGCGGAUAAGAAAAUGACAGGUAUAAUUUAAAAUAAAAUUGGAUGGUGUGUACAGGAAUAAGCACCAUAAUAUUUUCAAUAUUAUACGUAAACUCACUUCCGUAAUACCUAUAGGUUGACAAGGAUCUCGUGGCACUGGGAACCAUCUCCAUACAUUCUCCAUUUCCUCGCCUUAUGGUGAAAAACAACAUAUUAUAAUAUACUAUUAGACAGAACAAGCAGUUCAGUACAAUUAGUGUCUACACACGGCCUCAGUGGUCCAGUGGUUUGAGCGUUGGGCUCACGAUCCGGCGGUACCGAGUUCGUCGGUGGGGACACAUCACAAAAAUCACUUUGUGAUCCCUAGUUUGGUUAGGACAUUACAGGCUGAUCACCUGAUUGUCCGAAAGUAAGAUGACCCUUCGGAAGGCACGUUAAUCCGUUGGUCCCGGUUACUACUUUCUGAUGUAAGUUAGUAGUCGUUAUCGAACCAUGUCAGGGGCCUUUGGCGGCUCAAUAGUAACCCUGACACCAGGGUUGUUGAGGUUGGUAAUCCACCUUACAACCCACACGACAAAAGAAGUGUAUAUUUCAAUACCUACAUGCAUAAAGUCACGCCUAUUUCCCAUCGGAAUAAGCAGAGAGUAUGGAAUUCCAUUUGCUUCGAUCCUGACAUACUUCUUCCAUCAACCGUUUCAUACACGCACGCCGCCGGUUCAGAGUAGAUCUUGAUGAAUCUUUUCUAAGGACAUCUCCAAUUUGGUCAAUGUAAGUCGUUUUAGGUCUUCCUCUGCCAGCCCUAACCAACCUUUGCUUAUAUUUCAAUAAAGAUAACAUUUUACAAUAGCCAGCUAGCCGUUAGUCAGAUAGUGUUGUGACGUUCAUUAGCAUAGAGAUGUAUCAGUCGAGAUUAGAUCGACUAUUUCUUAUCUAUCUACAUAAACUCACACAUAUUUCCAAUGUGUAGUAGUUCUAUUGCGUGGUCACGUGCCAAAAGAUCCUUGUCACUCGUGAAAGACAAAGGAACCAAAUUACAUUAUGAAAAUAUUAGUACUUACUAUAGGAAUUCGGGUCUGUUACAGUUUCGAUUAAGAAUAAAUAUUUUAUUAUAAAGAAUGUUCAAAUAUUCCGAGAAAAAGAAAAACGAAACGUUGCGUCUUCACGUGGUUACAAAAUUCAAAUGUUUCUUUGAAAUAUUUUCGUAUAUAAUUUGAGUUAAUUUGUGAGAUUUAGUACUUACUUCAAAGGAGACAUUAUUUUAUUUUUGAUAUCUAGAAAGAAUAUCGUAUCGUAAUAAAUGAACCUGGAACGAUUAGACCUGGACGCCAAACUGGCCCAAAACCAACCAACCUAUAGGAGUAGGGUAAGGAGAGCCGAGCCUGUAUAAGCGGGACAAGGCUUAGGAAGAGAGGGAGAGAAAGAGAGAGAAUAUCGAUUUAAAGGUUGGGGUUUAUAAGUACAGCACUAAUUUUAGAUUUUAAAUUUCCUUGCCAGUAGUAUACAAGGAACGGUUCAAAGAACAGACAUUGGUUAUUUUUGUGAAGUGAACCUACUUACAAUUCAUCUGAAAAGUAAUAUUGCGAUUGAAUAUUUGCGUACAUAAAAAUAUGAGAGGGUCGCUUCACUGUCCACACCAUCUAACGACCCUCAAUUGAAAUGCCAUGGACGCUAUUGCCGCUCCCGUAUUGGACUUUUCAGCCAUACAAGAUGUUGCCACAGAAACGCUGUAUAAAACAUCUGAUUAAGAUGUAAAGAUUUACGAUGAUGAAUAGUAAGUGCGCAAUGCCAACACAUGUCAAAAGCAAUAUUGCUUUUUAGAUGAGUUACUUCGAUGUGGCAUUUUUAACCCCAUUGACAACUUGAUUCUACAAUGCUAGUUCUUAUGAAAUCCUGCAAAUCUACUUAUUGGCGCUAUAGAUGAGUUUACAUCGAGUUGUGAUAUAUUUGUGCUGUGGAAUACUUACGUAUCUUCAAGUUAGGUAAACGGAACCGGAGGUUUGUGAAAACGGUAUAACGCUAUGGGGGUGACGAUUGAACUUAUUUUUUUUUUGUGUGUUGUUACGACUUUGGUAAUGUUUCCAGUAGUAAAAUGGCGCAAAACUUAUGUAUAAAGAGCUUUGUUACCUAACUGUUAGGCAGAAAAGACCAGAGUACAAGAAAGAACAAUUUGAAAGAGAAAAGCAGCCAUUGUCUGUAUUGAGUUUUAUCAACGGGAACAUUCUUACCCUAGUAACAUUCCCGUGAACGGCACACUACUGGUUAUGACACGUUUCCUAAUAUUUGAUAGGGCCGAUUUGUUUUUAAAACAUCUUGAAAUAGACUCAGUAAGAAGAAAAGAUACUAUUACUCUGUCGCGUCUCAAAUGACUUCUCAUAAUUUUCAAACGCAUAAUAAGCGUCGUGAAUUACUAGGCUUUAGCUAAAAAAAUAUAUUAAUCGAAGAAAUAUUUUUUGAUAUCUAGUUUUUACUCUUACUUGACAACUCUAUCGUCUUGUAACUGAUAAAGUACAAACAUUUACAUAAAAGCUAUCUAUUUUAUUUAGGUACAUUCUGGCAAAAAUGGGUAGAAAAUGGUGAACUUAUGAAUUUAGUUUUUUAGCUAUGGUAAUUUUAAAUUUUAUUGGUUAGCAAAGAGAUUCUAAGUUAUUUUACAAAUAACUGUGGUGGCAUACUUCCCGCUUACAAACACGACAGGUCAAUGAAAAAGUGAAAAUAAUGAAAGUAAUUUAUUUUUACGUAUUUACAGCUAGACAUUUUUUAUUUAACAUUAAGUCUAAACUAAAUACCUAAAUAAAGUAUAUAUAAACAUUUUAUAACUGAAGUGGAAGGGUAUAUAGUGUUGCAAUAUAUCAGGUACUGAUUGAAAAGAAUAUUAUAUAAACUACAUCUGUAUAUAAUAUAGAAAUACAGUUCUAUGCAUCGAUGACAAGACAGUAGACACUGGUAACUUUGAUCCCAGAUUUGACUAAAAUACAAACCAUAUUUAUUCGCAUUUAUCUAUACAAAGCUGUCGUCUUAAAUGGAGACUUCAUUUAUUAUUUUUUAUUCGAAUUUUUUUUCUAUACAUACAUAAAUAUAAAAGUCAUAUUAUACUGAGAACAGAGGGGCUCAGAAGGCAACAUCGAAGCAAGUCACCUAAAUAGCAAUAAUGCUAUUUGACAUUAAUUCACAUUGCGCACUUACUUUUUUAUGCGCAAAUGUCAAAUUGCAAUAUUGCUUUGUUGGAUGAAUUGCUGCAAUGUGGCCUUUUUAACCCCCAUGUCGUGUAGAACGCCAUAUUUGUAUAGGCAAUAUGUAUAAAUGCGAAAAAGUAUGAUUUAUUCGAAACAGAUUAACAGAUUUGCGGCGUAAUUUUGAUACUAGCUCACAUUUGGUAUUGACCUUGUCUUUAUUUAAUUUUAUUUUUAGCUCGUUUCAGCCGUUAUGGACAUCAAAUGUCCAAACAUACCAAGGGUGAUUUAGUGUCAUAAUGAUCCUGCAUGUCUGGUACAGGGAGUUCGCAUUUAUACGAACUACCCUCCCCAUCCAUCUUUAAAUCAUAGGGGCUAUAAUUAUAUUAAAAAUGUUUUUUUUAUAGUAGAGAAUAUACCAUUACAUUCUCGGUACAGUACGAGCCGAAAAUUGGGUAGUUUCCUAGGUCAAAGAUAAAUUAUGAAAUUCUGAUUAAUAAAUAAAGACAGAUCUAAAGAUGACAAAAAAGUUUAAUUUUCUCUAUUUAACUUAUUUAUGAAUUUUCAUAAUGAAAAAUGUAAUAAUAAGUGCGACAUUUUGUCACGUUUUUCUAUGACGUCACAUGUUGCUUUUUCACGCAAAUUCCAUACUAAGUUCGUGUUUUGACGUUUAGUAAAAAGUAACUGAUUUGACUAGUUGGAAACUACCCUAAUCAAAGGAUGUAAUAUAUAUAUCUUCUGCGGCGUUUCGACCCAGUGCGUAUGAAUGUAAAUAGUCCCUUAUACUCCGAGUAUGGGCUGUAACUUUAAUGUAUUGACACAAUUUGAAUUACUCGUCUAUAUAACAUUAUGUGUAAUGACCAUUGCUCUAGAUAUACUGUCACAAUUGAAACCUCGAAUUAAUUAUAGUACAUUUUUCUAUUACUAUCUUUACAGGUUUAUAGCAUAACAAUACCCGCUCAUGUUAAUAUAUGUGUAAUAAGGUGAUAAUUGUAAGUAGUUUAGCGACGGCACCCUUCACAGUGAGUUGUGAAGAGUAGGUAGAUCGUUGUUACUGUUGACGUUGUAACAAAUGCAGCCUAAAGGCUCUUUGCCCGCUCGUGCAGUGCCACGUCACACGUCACUGCACACACUCCCAUUAUUGCAUCAAAAGCCGUCGAAUGACAAUUUCGAUAACACUUUUUCCUGCAACUAUACUCGCGGGAAGCAUAUUUUAUAAUAGUCGUCCGCACCGUCGUAAUGUAGUUUACACAAUGUUUCGACGCGAUGAAUUCUUACAUGUUUUAAUGACAAUUAUUCGGCGGCAGAUCUGUAGUAAUCGCUUUGUGAAACUAGUCAUAAGUCUUGGAAGAUUUAAUAAAUUCUAAUUGUACAAAA